GCUGUACUUAACCUUCGGUCCCCACACACUUCAUCAUGAAGCUGCGUUGCCUCUUUCUCCUCGUCCUAAACGGUUUGGUGAGGACUGUCGAGCCGCAAGGCUCACUGGAGAAGCCGGACCUCAGUUUGGACGUGAAGUCACUGACAAUAAAUGGAAGGCUCACUGCUCACUGUGCAACAAACGUCACUCCUGGUCGAGUAACCUGCAGCCUGUAUGUAGGAAACACCUCUGUGACCUCAGAGAGGACGACUGGAGACACGUGUGACUUUGAGGUGUCCUGGAGUCAACUGGACGGAGACCCGGUCACCAUCAAAAUAGUACAGCUGAGCUGUGAUUAUCAGCCCAACGGAGGCACAGGGGAUCAACGCUCACCCCGCAGUGACCCCAAAGAGCUGCUGCUAUUAGUUCCAUUACAGAAGGCCACCCUACAGGUGACACCGACAUCCAUCACUCUGGAGGAGAAGAUUCAGAUUUCCUGUGAAGUGAAUAAAAACCACAUUGGAGUGAAGUGCCAGCUGUAUGACAAUGAGACCAAACUGGAGGACGGGCAGUGCAGGUGGACAAUGACAGGGAGGCAGCUGAUGACUGGGACUGGGCCUGGAAUGGUGCUGCUGACCUGCGACUACACGCUGGACGUGUGGCAGAAACAACCAGAUAUUAAAGAUCAAUUUGACACAUGCAGCGACAGAGUGACAGUGACUGUGACAGACCCUGGGCCGAGUCAGACCCCACGGACAGGUGUCACUUUGUGGAUUGCUGUCAGGGUUUCCCUCUCCCUGCUCUUCAUCGCCUGGCUGACGGCCCUCUACGUCUUCGCGUCUCGUGAUCUUAAAGCACAAUGCCAAGACUUGAGACCCAGCAGAGAGUAAAUGAUGGCUCUGAGAAGGAUUUGGCUGCUAAGUGUGUGCUUGCUGAGUGCUUUCUGUCUUGUCAGUCGUGGACUGUGCCACCCAGUGUUCUGUGCCAUGAGUGCUGCCCACCCUGAUGAGUUCCCAAUAAUGUGCCAUGUGUGCCAGACCAAGGCAGCGGCGGCCAAUCUGAAGGCAGGACCCAGCCCAGCAUGAAGUCCAUGGAGGCCCCUCUUCAUCGGCCCACUCAUCCCAGCAGGCCGCAUGUGGGAAAAGGAGAAUGGAGGAACAAUCAAAGAGAUCUGAUCCAUGGAUUCACGUCAUUUAUGUGACAUAAAAACAUGCAACAGGUGGAGGACUCUCAGCCGUGGUGCUCGUUUUGUGAUUUCUAUCCCAGGGCUCUUCCCCUGGCUUGGCUUCAUAUUCAACUUUUAUGUCUCUUUGUUCAUUUUUGAUUUGUUUAUGCGCAUUAUUCUAUGCCUGUGUUACAUCUGUGGGCGGGGCCACCUGCCAAUCACUGCCAGGACCUGCCCCCUGUCCUAUAAAACCAGAGGGUCUCCCACAGUUCCUGGUGGUUCAUUUGGAGAUUUGGUGAGUUGCUUGUUGCUUUAUUUUAUUUUGUGUGCCUUUUAGGAUAUUUUGACCCGGCGAUCUGUUUCAGAUCUUUGUAUUGGGAUUUUGUUUGCCUGGAUUGCCUUUGUGCUCUUCAUAGUGUAACAGAACAUUUUGUGAAUAAAAAUUUGUACUUGAUGAA